AUGAGUCCCCAACCCUCUCAACCGACAGUGAUCUUUGUUCAAUCAACAGCGCACUGGGAAGCUAUUCAGCAGCAAAGAGCUCAGCUGAUUGGAGUGUCUCCACCUAGCACGCCUUUGAUGGAAUCAUCGCAGCAACAGAAUAGAAUCACUCAAAAGAAGCCAAAGCAUCAAGAAACCGCAUCCGUUCGAAAGAAGCCUUCUCGCCUGAUUGGGAAAGAGGGGAGCCGCAGACGAAACAGAUGGACAAACAACACAUUUUCAGAUCACCCUUCAGCAGUGUUGUAUGCCGAGGAUUUACGUCCACCUGGAUACGAAGCCAAGGCUCCAAAAUACGAUGUGGGGCUCAUUUCUAUAGAGCAAGAUGGCGAUGAUUCAGAGGAACAAGAACAAGUGCAAGUGCACGCUUUACCGCACAAUCUACCUCGACAUGUUCGACAUGAUUUAAAAAAGGCACACAUUUCAAAAGGCCUUGUAACCAACUACGAAUCUCAACUGAUUCAGUUUAUCGACCUGUGGUUGAACGAUACGCAAUGCCUCGACAAUGCAUGUUUAGAGAUUCAGGUUGUCUCGAAUAACCAAUUUGAGCGAUACGUUGUGCACACAAUGAGUCGAUACUAUGGAUUUGCAUCCUUUAGUAAAACCAAUGACCAGAACCAACGAGUGACCUACAUCUGUCAUCCCGCAUAUUUAAGCUAUAUUACCAAGCACAGCAGUGGUGAUGAAAUAGACUAUGCUUCGAUCCAAGACUGGGACAUGCCAGACAAAUCGUUCUUUGAGUACCUGUUCCACGCAGUGUAA